AUGGCGAGUGGUUGGAUUGUAGAUGGCCCAGGAAUCGCAUCCAAAGUGAAGAGUGCGUCUCUCUCUUCAUCUUUGCAGACCAAUGACUGUGGUGCUUGUAUCCAAUGCCCUAACUGCUUUUACCGCAUUGACAACAGCAAUGUGCUUGUGCCAUGGCCUGGCCUUCCUAAAGGUGUCAAGUUCGAGCCAACUGAUGAGGACAUCAUCGAGUUUUUAGAAGCUAAAUGUGGUAUUGGUGGUUCAGAGCCUCACGUUCUUAUCGAUGAGUUUAUUAGGCCAGUCACUGAAGAUGUUGGAAUCAAUUACACUCACCCUAAAAACCUCCCUGGUGCAAACAAAGAUGGAGUAGGUGCCUUCUUCUAUCACAAGACGGUGCAAGCAUACGGAACAGGACAAAGGAAACGUAGAAAGAUCACACCCACAUGCCUUAACGAGGAGCCGGUUCGCUGGCACAAAACAGGCAAAACCAAGAAUGUGUUCCUCAAGGGAGUGAAAAGGGGUUGCAAGAAGAUAAUGGUGCUGUACAAGAGCGCUAGAAAGGGUUUAAAGCCUGUGAAAUCAAACUGGGUUUUGCACCAGUACCAUUUGGGUACUGAAGGAGAGGAGAUAGGGGAGUAUGUUGUUUCAAAAGUCACAUAUCAGCAGGAGAAGGUUAAGGAUGAAAGUGAGAGUUCAGGUGUGGUUAGAGGUGGUGGUGGUGGCCCAACAACACCCAUGACAAAUACUCCUACACCACCUGUUGUUGCUGGAAAUGGAGAAGAAGCUUUUGAUGAUGUCAAGACGUUUGAUCCAUUUGCUGAGGGACUGAACAGCAUUCCUGAAGCAGCUUUAGAGAAGAUGUGGUCCAAGAAAGCUAGAAUGGAAGAAGAUGUGGCUGUGAACUUGAGUGAAGAAAACUUGACAUGCAAUGAAAGCAUUGAAGCUUCGUCUCUUUGGGAGAACCAGCUUCACCCAAACCCUAGCUUUGGGGAAUUAGAUGGUUUUGCGCUUUCAGACCUAGAUAAUGUAGAUUUGGGGACUUCACCUGAUUUCCUCACUUUGGCUUCUCAGGAUAGCUUGUUGAAUUGGAUGGGAUGGCUAUGACUGAGUUCUUUGCAUCUAUAUGCAAAGAACGUUUUGUCAGAUAAACGUGGAGAAGGAUGCAAAAGCAUGAAUAUGUGUAUAAAGUCUGCCAAGCUCAAGUCAUAUCUUUGUGACCAGUUUUACUUGAGCAAAUUCCCAGGCGAUCAGUUUUCUCUCGGCUUCCCGGAAAGUUACUUUGAAUUUUCCUGGAAUAAAUAAUUUCAAUCUAUGAGUGUGUGUUUCGCUUGAUUGUAAUUCAAAUAAGACAAUGUUCAUCUUUGUGGUACUACUUUGCUUUGUCUGUAUGUUGUGGUUACUCUGUCUUGCUUUGGCUCUGAGUUUAAAACAACUGUUAUAAAAUAUCAG